UGUAUAUACGCUUGGAAACUAGGCACAUGCACACACAUGGAACUAGAUUUGUGACAGUGAGGCGAACUGUGUGUUUGUGUUCCAACGACAUAAUGUAGGCAGCUUCGUGGAUUUUUAGCAGUUAAGUUACACUUAAUGCAUCUUUUCUAUACUGUCACUCUUAUUAGACUUGAAUACAGUUUCAGUUGCUAUCUCGCUGCAGAAAAACAAUCCUUUUCUCACACGAGUCGGAAUUGCUUUUAUUCCUUCUCUCCUCUUUUAUACUUUCUCUCUUUUCCUUAUUCCUUGCUCUCUUCUUUGUUGUUCUUUAAAAAAGUGACGUUGUUUCAACAAGGGAUUACAUUACAGCCAGCUGAUUUUCGGUGUUAUUUCUUUUAAUGUCGGAUCUUUAAACAGUUGUAAAUAAAACUGGAAACAUACAGGUGGCUAAGGUAUUUCAAAGAGAAAACAUUCUGAUGUGACACUAAUUGAUAUUCCACGAUAUUAUACUGCUUCGCGAGAGCCAAAACAGAUUUGAUUAGUUACGCACACACGUAUAUAGAAACACGUGAAUACACAUAGAUAAGUGUGUGUGUGUAUAUAUAUAUAUAUAUAUAUAUAUAUAUAUAUAUAUAUAUAUAUAUUUAUUUAUAUUUAUACCUGUUUUCAUAAAUCUUCUGUUUAGCGCCAGUAGUUCUUCAGCCAAGCGCAAAGAAAAGAAGAACAGAACACAACUCACCGGGAAAAUACAUAAGCUACAUUAUAUAUAGAUAUUUUUCAAACGGAAAAGAAAAAAAAAGGUAAAAAUAAGAAAACUCAUACAAUUUGAUAAGCUUCCAUUCAUUUGCAGUAUGGGGAAGCGAGGCAGUAAACUGUGUUCUACUGAAAUGAAGGAAUUGGUAGCUUCUACUUAUUUUAGUAAAAAGGAAUUAAAACAAUGGUAUAGGGAUUUCAUGAAAGAUUGCCCAAGUGGAGUUUUGAAGAAAGAGGAAUUCCAGGCAAUCUACCAACAGUUUUUCCCUCAUGGAGACCCCAGCAGAUUUGCUAGUUUUGUUUUUAAUGUCUUUGAUGAUAACAAGGAUGGAUUUAUUACUUUCAAUGAGUUCAUUCGAGCUCUCUCCAUCACUUCCCGAGGAUCCUUGGACGAAAAACUUGACUGGGCUUUCAACUUGUAUGAUCUUGACAACGAUGGAUAUAUCACCAAAAAGGAGAUGGUUGAUAUUGUAGGUGCUAUUUAUAAUAUGGUGGGUAACUUAAUGGAUUUACCGGAAGAUGAAGAUACUCCAGAAAAAAGAGUUGAGAAAAUAUUUGCCCAAAUGGAUUUGAACAAUGAUGGCAAGUUGACAAAAGAUGAAUUUCGAGAAGGUUCCAAAUGUGACUCAUGGAUAGUCCAAGCAUUGUCAAUGGAUAUGCCUCACAGAUAAUGCCACUGAUGUAUAUCAUAUAGUGGACAGUAUUAUUUCCAUAAUUGAUGGGUUUUUUCAUAAUGUCUGAAGAACAGCACCAUCUUAAUCCAAUAACUGUACAAGGAAACAAUAAUGAUGCCUCUAUGUUUUGGGCUUAACACUCUUCAUUGUAUAAUAAUUGUUUCUAACACUCUUCAUUGUAUGAUAAGAAAAUAACUUUGUUCUUAACAUUCCAUUUUACUGUAUAUAACCAUCAUAAGCUCUUCAUCAUACCUAACAAAGUAACAAUAUUUUUCUCAGUGAAAGUUAGAAAUUAAAGAAAUAAUAAUAAUAAUUAUUAUUAUUAUUAUUAGGACAGUGCCUGGCCAAAGCAGUAGAGUGCCAUACUAAAUACCCUAGGGUAUUUGUUUUUUGUCCACUUACACUGUCAUUUCAUAUCCAGCCAGGAUCAACUUUGCCUUUUAUUCCUCUGAGAUUAAUAAAACAUACACCAAUCAUAUACUUGGGGAAUCCAAUUAACUAGACCCUUUCCCUAUACAUUUGUGGCCUGAUGUCAAUGUAAGAUACCAUUAUUAUUAUUAAAUUAUUAUUAAUAUUAUAUUAAUUAUGUAUUUGGAUUAAUUCAAUCCACCAUAACUCUCCCAAAAGUUUUUGGCUUUAUACCAAACUAAUAAAUUAUUAUUGUUAUUAACAUCUGCUCAAUUAUCUCAUAUUUUCAAAAUCCAAAAUCUAAAAUUUAUUU